CACUUUCCUACUGAUACGCUCCUGCUCCAAUCUUUCCAGGAUACCAUUACACCUUCAAGAUGUCGUCUGCAGCAGUUGACUCGGCUAUCAAGCAGAGCGCCAACGACUUGGCCAAGGAGCUUGAGGUUGAACGUGUAUUGAAAGCUUUCAAAUUGAAUCCGUACGACAUCCUUGAUCUGCCCUUGUCUGCUACAGAGUCCGAUGUGAAGAAGCAGUACCGAAAGAAGUCUUUGCUGAUCCAUCCGGACAAGUACAAGCAUGAACGCGGUCUCGAGGCUUUCGAUUUCCUGAAAAAGGCUCACGACCACCUGAUCGACCUUGACAAGCGAAAGGAUAUCGACAUGAUUAUGACCCACGCGCGUACACAGGUUCUCAAGACUAUCCUCGGCAGCGGAUUUUCGACAAACGUCGCCGACGACGAUCCUCGCCUCGCCAACCUCUCACCACCGUUCGAGCAGCAAGUUAGAGCGAAGGGCAGAGAGAUUCUGGUGGAGGAUGAACUCGCACGAAGACGGAAGACGAAAUUGGCUUAUGCCAACGAAGGAGCUGAGAAGGCCAAGGCUGAAGCAGAGAUUGCGUCAAGAAAGCGAAAGCUUGAAGAACAGUCUAAAUGGGAAGCAGGUCGCAACACAGACCCGAUUGCCCUCAUCCCCUUUCAAUCCUGUGAAGUGAGUAGAUUGCUGACACAUUUUUUUCUUUCCUUUUCCUUCAUACAGAACGUCGAGAUGAGCGCAUCAAAGGUUGGAGGGACUUUUCGCACAAGACCGAUAAGAAAAAGAAGAAGAAGAACGACUUGCAUGUCCUGGGAUGAGCGGGGGUGCGUCUCUCUACAAAUUUGGGGCUCUGGUCUCUUAUAUUUCGCAUAUCUGUACAAUUUCAAGGUCGGAUCUAUAUCUAUGUGUUGUUUCUAUACCCCAUGCUGCAUCCCACAAAUCGUCUCAACCUCUGCCCAAAUCAAUCUUGCCCCCCUUCUGCAAUAUCCGUACCACUUGAUCUGGAGUGAUGAACCAUCCAUACCCCUUCUCACCUUCUCCAUGCCUAGUAAUAGGGUAUUUGAACCUUCCAAUAAAGGUAUGGGGACCAGAGAAUAUGUCAUCUUCCGUACUUAGAGAUAUCAUCAGUAUCAAACGCUUUACAUGCAGAGCAUAUACACGCA